AUGACACAACGGUCUCCCAGGAAAAGCCCACGCCUGAAUGAUGGCCAGGAGAUAACUACCACGGCGAGUGAGGCGCAGCCGAAGCGGACAAGUAGAAUGGUGAGCACUGUAUCACAAAUGCAAGUUCCCGCUGUGAGCGCGCCACAAAGCCCCAGCACCGUGGAUGUGGGCACAAGUUUACAACCUGCCGGCACUGUGGCCGCAGGAGUGAGUGCACGAGCCAGCAUAUUGACAGGAGCGCCAAGCCCAAGCACGCAACUCUCAAGUGCUCAAGUCAUGGAUUUGAUAAAGAGAGUCGCUGCGCUAGAGCACGAGUUGCAGAGGUCAAAAACUGGUCAAGCACAUGUGAGUACAGUUACUGAUCCCGUUAAAUUGAGUGAUGCUGGCGUGGGUCGUACAGCUAACCUGCCGCCAUUUUUGAGUGGAGAGCCAUCGUCGAGUGGAAGUUUGAGUGAAACUGCAAUUAUGAGUGGAGUCCCAAAUUCAAGUGUUAGUUUGAGUGAAACUGCAAUAUUGCGUGGAACUGCCAUUUUGAGCAGAUCGCCAUCUUUGAGUGAGGCAUUGCCUACUUCAUUGAGUGGAAAUUUGGGACCACAGUUGCAAACGGUAGAACGAGCUCCAGUUAUGGAUAACUGUUCUACAACAUCAAGCCGCUCGACGCCAUAUUGUUCUGCAGGCAUUGCGCAGUCAACGCUCAGCUACACGCCGGCACAAGAGAACCAACCUGUGAUCAUUUUGGAGCCAACGCAGGCAACUGGGAACUUCGCAUGGGCGACACCCAGGAACGAUGUAUGCCUGCUACGCAAAUUACCAGAUCUACCCGAGUUUGGAGGCCAACCUGAGGAUUGGCCUAUAUUCUUCUGCGCGUUUACGGAAACAACUUUGGCGUACAACUGUAAGAAUCUGGAGAAUAACCAGCGAUUGUUGAAGGCACUCAAAGGCGAAGCACGUGAUACUGUGAAGUCGUUGCUCAUACAUCCCAGGAAUGUGAACAACGUGAUGGAACAAUUACGUUUUAGAUACGGCCGCCCAGAACAACUAAUACGUAGCCAGCUAAUUAGUAUUCGAGAGGUGCAGCCAAUUCAAGAGCACAGCAUAGCGAAAAUCGUGCCAUUUGCUACACGAGUGAGUAACCUUGCCGCCUUUCUACAAUCAGCUAACGGAGAACAGCAUUUAGCGAAUCCUACACUGAUGGAGGAUUUGGUCGCUAAGCUACCACCAAGCAAGAGGGUGGAGUGGGCCAGACAUGCAGCUACGAUUAGGCCUUUCCCGACUGUCGUACAUUUAAGCGAGUGGUUAACGGACUACGCCAAUUUGGUAUGCACGAUUGUGGACGUCGAUGGUAAGGAGCAGAAGCGUAGAGUGCUGCAUGCCAGCAUUGACCAGAAUAAUGGAGGGCGACACCGAGGUCGCACCAAACAGUGUCCAAUCUGUAAUGGACAACACGCAGUCAGGGACUGCAACGAGUUUAACUUAGCCUCUCCGCUAAAAAGGUGGACGUUUCUAAAAAGGCACCGGCUUUGUUUCUCGUGCCUACGAGAUGGCCACAUGGCAAGAGUCUGCAAAAGGGCAAACGAAUUUCAAGUCAAUGGAUGCCGGAAGAGGCAUCAUCGCCUUUUACAUGAUCAUGAUGCUAUGAGUCACAAUGCACCGCAGCCAGCAGGUGAUAGAGUGAUGAAUAUUGGACGGAUGCCGCAGCCAGCGGAUCCGCACACAAGAGCACCGCAGCCAGUGGAUGCUCAAUUGACGCAACAAAGGAAUUUAAGUUGUGUCGAUUCGGAUGGAGAACGCCUACUAUUCCGCAUAUUGCCAGUGACAUUGCACGGGGCCAAUAAGCGGAUCGAUACGUAUGCGCUCCUCGACGAGGGCUCGUCCGUAACUAUGAUAGACGACGAGCUACUGCGCGACCUAGAUGUCAAAGGGGAACGCAGGCAACUAAAUAUACAGUGGUUUGGUGGAAGAGCAACCAGAGAGCCGACCACAGUGGUAAGCACGGAAAUUAGUGGAGCGGACAAACGCAAACGUUAUGUGCUGCGAAAUGUGUACGCCGUGUCCAACUUGAGCUUACCAAUGCAAAGUCUGCAUCGACGUGAUGUACAAAUGUUGGACAACGGUGCACGACUUCCAAUGAAACCGUAUCGCGGGGCGGUACCAAAACUUCUGAUUGGACUUGACCAUGCGCAUCUUGGACUGCCAAUGCAAACAAGAAGGUUUGCACCACAGGGACCAUAUGCUGCAGCCACCGAACUUGGAUGGGUGGUUUUUGGGCCGGUAAGAGGUCAGCUGACGGCAACGUCAACAAAGUCAUGCCUCCUAGCAGUGUCGCAGGAGGAUGCAAUCCAAAAGAUGGUAAACGACUAUUUUGAUAUCGAGAACUUCGGUGUGAAGCUUACGUCACCAGUCGCAGCCAGCGACGAUGCACGAGCGCAAAAGAUACUCGAAGACACCACGGUGAAAAUAGGGGAUCGUUACCAGACAGGUUUAUUAUGGAACCGUGAUAAUGUUGAGUUGCCACGAAGCUACGAUAUGGCAUACAAAAGAUUGGUGUACAUUGAGAGAAAGAUGAAGCGUAACGAUCAGUUUAAACGAGCCUAUAUGAAAAUUAUGGACGAUUAUGUUCAUAAAGGAUAUGCUCGACGCUUGAAGCAUCAUGACAAACUUUGGUAUCUGCCGCAUUUUGGAGUUGAAAAUCCAAAUAAGCCCGGUAAGAUAAGACUGGUGUUCGACGCGGCAGCAAAGGGGCCGCAGCACUACAAGUCGCUGCCGGCUGUUCUCUUCCAUUUCCGGGAAGGUGCGGUUGGCGUUUGUGGAGACAUCAGAGAGAUGUUCCAUCAGGUGUUGUUUCGACCGCAGGAUAGAUGCGCCCAGCGACUCUUGUGGCGAAACGGCGAUGAUCGCCGGGAGCCUGAUGUUUAUGAGAUGAGGGUAAUGACAUUUGGAGCAGCAUGCUCGCCAAUCACCGCGCACUAUGUGAAGACCUUGAAUGCCCUGCAGUAUCAGGAUUCAGACCCUCGCGCGGUUAAAGCUAUUCUUGAAUGUCAUUAUGUGGACGACUAUGUGGAUAGUUUUGAUAGUGAAGGCGACGCCAUCGCCAUAUCAACAAGAAUAAGAGAAAUACAUGCAAAUGCUGGAUUUGAAUUGUGCCAGUUUACUUCUAGUUCGCCAACCGUAGCCGACGCCCUGGGCAAACACUGGGCUGCUAGGAGCAUCGGAUGCGGCGAAGCUGAAGAAAAGAUUCUGGGCAUGUGUUGGCAGCCAGCCACGGACGAUUUCAAAUUCAACAUGAAGUACCACAAAGUACCCCGAUGUGUGCUAAAUUUGGAGCGAGUACCUACGAAGAGGGAAUUCUUGAGCUUGAUCAUGUCAACAUUUGAUCCUUUGGGAUUUCUUAGCUGUCUCAUGAUAACUGGAAAGUUACUUAUGCGUGAGAUCUGGCGACGAAAUGUGCAAUGGGAUGAACCCUUACCAGAUGAGAUCGCCCGCGCCUUUAGUAAAUGGCUUCAGGAUAUGAACAAUGUGGAAGGAUUUCGAAGCUCGCGCCAUUACUUUGGCCCAAUACCCGUGCGGGCAAUACAACUGCACGUUUUUGUCGACGCUAGCCAGUCAGCAUUCGCAGCUGUGGCUUACUUAAGGGUAACCUACGACAACAACGACGUGCGAGUAUGCUUCGUAUGUGCCAAGACGAAAUGUGCCCCAAUGAAAACGAUGUCAAUUCCACGACUGGAAUUGCAAGCUGCUGUGUUAGGAACGAGGCUGAUGGACACUGUCAAAAAGGAGCACAGUAUAGCGAUCAGCGAUGCCAUACUAUGGACCGACUCAAAGACAGGGCUGCGUUGGAUAGGCAGCACCCACCGUCGAUAUAAGCAGUUCGUCGGAAAUCAAGUGGGAGAAAUUUUGGAGUCAACAAAGGUUUCCCAAUGGAGAUGGGUACCUACUGCUGAAAAUGCAGCAGACGACGCAACCAGGCCGCACUGCCACGUAGACCUCAGCCAACGGUCACGAUGGUUAGACGGGCCAACAUUUUUGCGGCAGCCGGAAAGCAGCUGGCCGCAGCCCGAACCGGGCACCGAACACUCAUCCUGCGAUGAUGAAGAAGAGAUGCCGAGUGAAUUUGCCUUAGUUGCAGCAAAUAACUUUUUCAUUUCAUUUCAGAGAUUCUCUAGCUACAGUCGGCUGGUGAGGACGACGGCUUGGGUUCUAAGGUUCACGCGCUGGUGCCGUGGACAUAGGACUGAGCUUGAGAGAUUCGGCCUCACCGCUACGGAAUCUGAGGACGCUGAGAACUUGCUGAUACGGCGAGCGCAAUGA